AUGCCCCCCAAGAAAAAAGCUGCUCGCGCCAGCACCCAAAGCGCCACGCCAGCCACCACCGAUGGCGGCGGCGAGGCCAUGGAGAUCGACUCAACCGUGCAAACACCGACAACCCCCGCAGCACCUCAACCUUCUCAACCAAAAUCCCCUCUGAAACUCGUGACCGACCCCUGGACCGACGACCAAAUGGCGUCCCUCUUCAAAGGCGUGAUCCGCUGGAAACCGGCCGGCAUGCACAAGCACUUCCGCAUGCUGGCCAUCAGUGAGCACCUGCGUAACCACGGAUUCGAUCCGGACCAGCAUCCGCAUACACGGAUCCCGGGGAUAUGGGCUAAGCUGGGGGAGUAUUACAACCUGGAGGCGGUGGAUGAGAGAGAGAAUCAGAUGGAUCCACCGGAGGAGAUGGAAGAGGGGGGGCAAAGGCGGUAUGUGGACUUUACACUGCCGUGGGAGGAAUACGGGGAGAUGAUACUGGAGAGGGCAAGGAAAGAACCGAGCGAGGCGCCGACGAGUCCCGCGCAGUGGGAUCCUAAUGCCCCGCCGGGGAGUUAUGCUUCUGGAGCAACAACAACAACAACAACAACAACAACAACAGCAGCAGCAGCAGCAGCAGCAGCAGGAGGAGGAGGAGGAGGAGGAGAAUCCCAAGGGACGGCGGCACAGCCUACCACAAUGACUGGCACGACAAAGAAAAGAAAACGCGGCGAGGCGCAAGCCCAGACCCGCACGCGCAGCAGCACAGUUGAAGAUACAGAAAACGAGACGCCCACCGCGAGCCCAACCAGAAAAGGGACAACAGGGAAGGGGGCCAGAGGGGCCAGGGGGGCGGGUACUGCUACCAAACGCACAACGAGCAAGGCGAGGAAGGUGAAGGAGGAGUCACCUUCGUCGUCGUCGGAGAGCUCGGAGGAGGAAGAGGAAGAAGAAGAGGGAGAGGGAGAGGAAGAGGGAGAGGGAGAGGAAGAGGAGGAAGACUCGUCAUCGUCUUCGGAGGAGGAAGAAGAGGAAGAAGAGGAGGAGGAGACUGGGGCAACGGCAGCGAGGACCGGACGGGGUGGGGGAAGAGGAAGGGGGGCAAGGGGGAGAGGGAGGGGACGGGGACGAGGACGGGGACGGGGAAGUUGA